ACCAUGCGUAUUGACGUGGCCGACGUAGUGGAAAUCUUCGGUCGCGCACGGGAAGGAACACUUCGUUCAAGGCGGAUUUUUCUCGUUGUCUUGGCGGGCGGCAUAAAAACCACUAGCGGGCCACAUGUGCUCACUCAUGCUGUAAAGCAGUAGUUACACUUCCAUUGCAACCAAAGAAACAAGCGAUCAUUUUCUUUGAAUGUCUUGUGAAAAAAACCACUGUUAUUCAUUUAGGUUCAUCUUAGACCAGUCCAACAGUUGAUUGCUGCUUGGUUUCUGGUUUGUACGAAUAAAUCCAAGUUUCGACUCUUGUUACGAUGUUGUAUAUGGAAUUUGCGUUUUCAUUGUCGAAGUUAAUUGAACGUUUUCUUAUUCCAGUUGACACAAAUCUACUUUUCCUUUUUUUAACUUCGGUCAAAUUGUGUGAAAUCCAUCAGGAACAGAUCUCGUACACAGCUGAUGUUAGUGCAGGGCCAAAUGUAGUGCAGUCUUCGUUAUGCCUAAGGAUGCCCGUCUCACACUGUAUGUAAGCCCUAUACCGAUCCUCUUCAAUAGUGUUGCACAAAGCAUCACUGAUUUUUGGAACAAACGAUUUUGGUCGACCGUCAUAGAAGUCUUCGCUGAAGAAAACACGACGAUAUUCUGCAAACCAAUUGCAAACUGUCUUUUUUUUUUAAAAUGAUUGAUCCCCAAAAGUUGAACGAAUCGAUUCUAGGCAUUGUUGUAGAGUUAGGCCUUUACGAAAAUCUUUAAAAAAAUCAUCCAACGAAAAUUUUCAUGUGACAUUUUCAUUUUAUCGCAACACAGUUUCCUUUUACCCUCAAUGCGAAUAAAAUACUCGGUCACUUUCUGAACUGUCAUUGUGUUAAUAGUACCAAACGACAAAUUUUAAAACAGAUGUGAAGUCAGAUCCCAAAAACUCCAUCUAGUUGUUUAUAAAAACUGAGAAGGCAGCCCUUCCAGUAGUAGAAGGAGAGUACGUGGAAAAGUGUACUUGCUGUUCGUAUUUCCUCAAGAAGGGAUCAGAGUGGUGAAAGUGAAGAGUUGGAAUAAUAUACUACAAAGAACGUCCAACAUGUUUCUUCCCACAGUGAGUAAAAUAUUUGUCGACUGCCACAAAAUUGAGAUUUAUAGUUUCUUCCCACAACAAUUGCGAGCCAUGAGGUUGGUGAUGUUGCAGACUAAGCGAAUAGGAAAGAACGCGAUAUCUUCAAAGCGGGAAACGACAGCUGCUCAUAUCACCGACGCCUGUUCCCGUGGACUUAUCGCUGCCCUGUUGAUAUAGUGCUCUGCGAGUUACCCUUCUUUCAGUGCUGCACGCACCAACGCACUCAAUAUUGCUUUCCUUGUGGUUCCCAAAAACAAGCAAGCUUAUGCGUUGCAUUUAACCCAUUUAGUUUUCUUGCUGCAAAGAAACCUCAUGACACAUUUCUAACAAUGAGCCAUUUUGAAGUUUUUCAAUCGUGAAGACAUCUUUUCAGUAAGUGGUUUAUAAGAGAGUGCUUCCCAUGCACUAUAUUCGGAACAUGCAGUUACAGGUACCGCGGACAACCGUACAUGCUGUUAGCUGUACCGCUGACGAGUGCAGAAGUCCGGAUGACAAAUGGUCAAGACACUUAUGCCCCACAGGGCUACCAUCUCCAGGUGCCAUUGCUUGAGCGGCAGCCCAUGUCACCAACCAUCAGGUGCCGAUAUACACGUAAAACAUAUGUGAUAGGGCUUCUGUGCGCUGCGAUCCUCGUUACUUGGUCGGUUGUUAGUUUUCCUAAGCACAAAUUGUGGCCAUAUGACCGACGCACCGUACCGCAGCGAGGAGCUGCCAAUAUAUUCUUCAUAGAGACAACAUGCGCCAUUGAGGACGUGCCGUGGUCGGGGCUGCGCCCGCGGCAGGCGUGCGCCGUGGAGUCUGCGGUGCGCCACAACCCUGGACGACCCGUCUACGUGCUGCACACGUGUGAAGCGCCCAUCUGGGGGCUCUCGCUGCCGGCCGGAGCCACAGCUGUCCACGUGACGCUGGAGGAGUUCCUGCGCGACACGCCUCUCUACACAACACUCAUAGAGUACGCCGCCCUCGCCAACAGCGCGUGGCCCGUCCACCACGCCUCUGACGUCAUGCGAGUCGUCGCGCUCUGGAGGUACGGCGGCCUCUACCUGGACCUGGACUUCGUCGUACUGAGGAACCUGUCUGAGUUAGGUGAAGACUGGGCUGGAGCGGAGGACAACAUAACGGUUGCCAACAGUGCAAUGCAUAUGUCUGCACGGCCCGGCUCAGCAGGGCAAGAGAUGGCGAAAGCCUUCAUCGAAACACUGCAGACAGACUUCGAUGGGCAGCAGUGGAUGUACAACGGUGGCGGGCAUCUCACGAGAUUGCUGUUUAUCCGCUGCAACGUAACCAGCGUGGUGGCCAUGACGAACUGCCGUGGGUUCCGAGUUCUGGCGACGGAGCUGCUGUUCCCGGUGCACUACUCUCACUGGGAGAGAUACUUCUGGGAGGAGGAGGCGGAAGGCGUGCUGGCUGACGCGCGGAAUGCUUACGCACUCCACGUGUGGAACAAGAUCAGUGGCGAAGCCGAUAUUGUUCCGCAAAACUCAGCCUACGGGAUGCUUGCACGCCAAAAUUGCCCAGACUCCUUCAGUGCCGCCGACGGCAGCUUCGGAUAAUGAGUUCUCUUUUUAUGCACACAGUUUGUUCUCAGUAACCGUCGACGCUAAUGCUGGUUAACAUUACCCAGUGCUACUUUGAUAUCACGAUGUAGACAUACAACACCUACAUGAAAAACGUAGGACUCGAACCCGUGAUUUGGGAAGUAAUGUGAUAUAUGUACAUGUGCCCAAGUGCUGGAAAAUGCAAUAAUUGAAGAUCAUAUCUGUCUCGAGGCUCAAAUCCAGUGUGCGUCAGGUGAAAAUCCGUAUAGAAGGGGUUUUGGACAAGUGAGUUUCUUUGAAAAUCUCGUUGCAUCGACGGAGUUAACCUAAAAAAAAAAGAGGCAAACUAGAGGACGGAUAGAAGAGGAUGAACCAUUACAAUUAAUUACAGUCUCUUUAACUAAUCGGAACCGUCUUUUGAAUCGCAUUCUACUGCCCCAUUUUUACUGUUAAAAUUUUUUAACCAGAUCUAACAACGAGAAACACCGCCGUCACUUACUAGAGAUGUUUUUAAAUAUUUCGUUCUGUAGUAAUAAUUUGUGGCGAAUUAUCUCUUAUAAGUUAGACUUUUCAAAUGGAGUUUUGUGAAGUGUCAGUGACGUGUGUUCAGUUACUUAUUUACGGAGACUAUGUUAUCAGUACGGAAACUGACCAAAUAGACAUACGAUUUGUGAUAAAGUACUCUGUACUCUGUACCAUUCCAGGCUCACUUUUGAACGUAAGUACUUUAUCAUUAAUCGGGCCCAACGAACAUAAAAGGAAUAUUUAGAUUUGUCGUGCAGAUUCAUAUCCUUCAAAUUUGACUGCUAAGAAGCGGGCUAUUAGGCUAUUCUGUGAUAAACGGUCAUGUCGCCCUGAAUUCUGUAUAAGUGACUCGUGUGUGCCAAAACUCAUAGUUCUAGUUAAGUGGUCACCGGUUGUGGAUACGAGAGCACUCUGAUAUUGCAAUGGCGUGGACGCGCCGUGCGCACACAUUUUACGUGUACUUUUGGUUGUAACAAACCAUUCAGUUCAGAAAAUUAUGUCUGUUACGUCUAGAUCUAGAAUUCAUCGAUAUUAGCAUAACUCAAAAUUGUUUAAUUUGGAAACAAUUCUAAUAAUUUUGUCUGGCACUUCAUGAUAAUGGAUAAAACACAAAGACGUUACCACACUCAUAUAAAUAAAAUCACCCUCUUAAA